AUGGAGGAACAGAUACAGGAUGAUGCGGAUGUAGCCUCAGUCGUAUCAGGCCUCAGUUCUCUCGAAAAUGACGCGGACGAUUUCGAGAAACUUAUGAUCCAGAACGCCCGCGACGAGCGGCGGUUGAACGAAGCGCGACACGGCAGAGUCCAGGCGUUCCGCAAGGCGCGCACACAUCCACGCGUCGGCUUGACUAUAGAAAACCUCGAGAGGAACGAUGCGCGUAAUGGUGUACCACUAGGAGCAAGCGCGCACGUCAAGUUUGAGAGUCCACCCAGCAGCAGCGGCUCAGCGAAGUCAGAUCCUGCGAUACACGCGCCACCAGGAUGGGGGAGGAAGAGCAGGUCGAACAGAAACUGGAUGAGAACUAUUACGUACGAGGAGGAGGAGCAGCAGCAACAACAACAACAACCGCAGACACCGGUUCUAGCCGAUAAUACGAUCAAUAGACAAUACAACGACCCAUACCAGCAACGCGCAGACGACGCCCACGACGCGAAUGUACCACGCCGAUCCGUCGAGGAUAGUCCGCUAUCACACAAGAGCUCUAGACACGGCACACCGCGAAACGAUCGAUCGGCAGAUUGGGACCUCACCUUCGAGCUCAAUGAAGCUUCCAUGAUCGCUUCGACGCCAUACAUACCGCGAAACACUGCACUCGACGAUAUACGACAGAGGGAGGCGGAGAGUUUGAGAGAGCAAGCUUCCACAGCACCCCGACCAGAUAGAGUACGGAAGGGCUCACCAGAGGAGAUGCGCCGGCCGCCUUCAUCGUCGAUCAACAACGUAGCCGAGGGCGCAAUCAACACAGAACAAGCAGCGCAGUUAGCCGCUUCACCGCAGAAGCGAUUACGAACACGGACGAAUUCGUGGCAAUCGAUCGGGAAGUCGCAGCCGGUAACGGGCAUUGGCAAUGAUAAUUCACCGAUUGCUUUAUACAAGAGCGCUGAGACUGUACGCACAGUGGAACACAAUGGGCUUGCCAACGUACAGAAAAAUCCUCCAAGGCCUAUAAGAUCUCGAAGAGAAGACUCACAGGAUCUACUUCGCCGAUUAGCGAGAGUGUCGAACACACCAAGCCCAGGACGAAUAGCAGCAUCACGGCCUCAGACCAGCCCCGCAAAGCAGCCAAAUAACUCGUCUCAGAUACUGACCACUGAGACACCGCCUACACAACUGGGAAGGGAAGACAAUGUAGUUGAUGAAGUCCCUGUACCCAAUAACCAUGAUGAGCCUCCUGUAAUAGUUCCUAAAGUGCAGUCACAGCAGGAAGGACCGAGAGAUAACCCACGAGACACCGAGAGUAUACCAAUACCAAACCCAGGACCACAGCCAGAGAUUGAAGAUAUAGAUGCAACACCGAUGCCGGUUGCACGAUCUAUACUAAACCCGAAAACACCAGUCGUGACUGGCGCUUGGAUAGACACACCUGGCCCGCGCAUCGCACCAAGACCUCUCAGCACCUCACGAUCACCCAAGAAGAACAGUUCUCGAAAGGCUAAAUUGUUUGAGGAACCAGCUGUACCGAAGGCAGAAGAAUCGGUAGAGGUUGUAGCAUCCAAAAUCACACGUCCUCAGUUGCCGAGCUCUGCACUCCAAGCUCUCGUUCAAGAAGCCAAAGCGGACGGCCACCAGCAAUCCGCUGAUUACGGCGAUUCAACUAUCAACUCCCUGGAAGAUUUGAUCAUCCCACUAUCGGAAAGCGCUGAAGGUGAAUUGGAUGAGGAUACCCUCCAAGGCCUCCAGCUACCUACCAGCACACCCCGCAACGAAGCCGAGCGCCAGCGUCAGCAAGAACUCUUGCAUCUGCAUCGCAUGAAUGACCGCUUACGGACAGUACGGACGAGUAUCCGCGAUGCCAGUCGGGGAAUGAAGCGCGUGGAAGACCGUGUUGAGCACGUUGAGGAAGUAGAAAAUGGUGAUAAAACCAAGGCUGUGUAUGGCGAGUGUCCCUGCGCCGCGAAUGGCGGUCAUCCACUCUCGCCAUGGACAUGGUGUAAGUCCUUCUUUUGGCAGGACCGCUUGAAGUCUGAGCGGCAGACAAGGAACAGUUGGUGGAAGAUCUGGGGGGGUCUCACAGGCUUGGGGAUCUUUUUGGUGCUCUUCUUCACUUGGUGGGUCACUGAGGAGAUUGCUUGUGAGAUGUAUUGUCACCCCAAAUACGCACAAUACUCACGCCACCCCUUCUCUGUUAACAUGGACGCACCGCAAUAUCCAUUUGUCAUACCAACACUUGUCUAUCGGAACUUCGUCAAAGCUUGGUGGCUACCGUUGUACUCAUUCUUCUCUUGGAUAUGGACAAGUGUAUUUGGGUUCGGUGAGAUCUCAACGCAAACAGUGCUACAGGGAGCGCGUAGGGCAGUAAGUAGCACGACAGGGCAAAAUAUCUGGCGUGUGAGUAGCCACGUUGCGCAGGCCACUGAGGAUAUCGAUUGGGAUUUGAGCAUGAAUGAUGAUCAAAUCAUACCGAACCAUGGGAGGAUAUGA